GAGGACCAGGAUGAGCUGCAUUACCAGGAUACAGACUUGGACGUGCCGGAGCARCGGGAUGGCAGGUGCAAAGUCAAGUGGACACAAGAAGAGGAUGAGCAGCUGAAGAUGUUAGUGAGCCAUUAUGGGCAGAAUGACUGGAAGUUCCUGGCCAGCCACUUCCCUAAYCGCAGUGACCAGCAGUGCCAGUACCGGUGGCUGAGAGUGCUGAACCCUGACCUGGUGAAGGGACCUUGGACCAAAGAGGAGGACCAGAAGGUAAUUGAGCUGGUUAAAAAAUACGGCACCAAGCAGUGGACCCUGAUAGCCAAGCACCUGAAAGGGCGCUUGGGGAAGCAGUGCCGGGAGCGCUGGCACAACCACCUGAACCCCGAGGUGAAGAAGUCCUCGUGGACRGAGGAGGAGGAUCGCAUCAUUUUCGAGGCCCACAAGGUCCUGGGGAAUCGUUGGGCAGAGAUUGCCAAGCURCUGCCUGGCAGGACUGACAAUGCUGUGAAGAACCACUGGAACUCCACCAUCAAACGGAARGUGGACACGGGGGGUUUCCUCAGUGAAAACAAGGAGUCCAAGGCGCUCUACGUGCUCGUGGAGGUGGAUAACAAGGAGAGGCAGAGUCAGACGACAGCUGAGAGCCAGAACGUCCUGCCCAACUGGCCGGUGGACAUCUCUGAGAUUAAGGAAGAAGACGUCAGUGAUGAGGAGGUGACAGGUGUGCAGGAGCUGCYCUCGGAGCUGCCAGCUUCAGGGGUGGCAGAGCAGAACAUGGAGGGGACCCCAGAUGACGCAGUGCCCGAGGAUGCCGGUUCAUUUAUCGAGUCACCAUACAAAUGGGUUGUGGAAGCUACCAACUAUCUUUACCCAAGCUGUGCCCCGGCCUUCAGUGAAGCUCUGGACAUGAUUGAAUCAGACCCCGAUGGGUGGUGUGACCUGACCCAGUUUGACCUGCCCGAGGAGCCCUCGGCCGGCAGCAGCAGCGGCAGCACCAGCCCRGCCCAGCCAGCGCCCGGCGAGGCGGCUCCAGCCCUGCCCAACGUCACCGAGUACCGCCUGGACGGCCACACCAUCUCGGACCUGAGCAGGAGCAGCAAGGGGGAGCUCAUCCCCAUCUCCCCCCACGCMGAGGGCAGCUUUGGCACCCCGCCCUCGGUGCUCAAGAGGCAGAAGAAGAGGAAGAUCUCCCUCUCGCCCGUCACGGAGAAUGUCACCAGCACCAGCAUGUCCUUCCUGGACUCGUGCAACAGCAUGACACCCAAGGGCACCCCUGUAAAGACACUGCCCUUCUCUCCAUCUCAGUUCUUGAACUUUUGGACCAAACAGGAUACACUGGAACUGGAGAACCCUUCCCUGACCUCCACGCCCGUGUGCAGCCAGAAGGUGAUUGUCACCACCCCACUGCACAGGGACAAGACCCCUCUGCUCCAGAAGAACUUAGCGUUUGUCACACCAGACCAGACCUAUGUGGUGGACAACACCCCUCACACCCCCACGCCUUUCAAAAACGCCCUGGAGAAAUACGGACCAAUUAGGCCUCUGCCCCAGACUCCUCACCUGGAAGAAGACUUGAAGGAGGUGCUGCGGAGUGAAGCUGGCAUUGAACUCAUCAUAGAGGAUGAUGUGAAGCCUGAGAAGCAGAAGAGAAAACAAGGGCUGCGCAGGAGCCCCAUCAAGAAGGUGCGGAAGUCCCUGGCCCUGGAUAUUGUGGAUGAAGACAUGACACAGAACCUGCCUGCCCUCCCCAAGACUGUGUGCUUCAAAAGAGCCCAGCCUGUGAAUUUCCUGUCAAGGUCCCUGAACAUCUCCUCCUCGAGCAGAAAGAAUGACAGUGGUUUGCUCAACAGAGCCUUUGUGCAAGUGCAGCCAGAGAAAAUGUCCUACAGGAAGAUGCCAAGCCAUUUCAGACCCCCAGCACCGGUAAGCCCUGCAGCCACUGCUGUC